AUGAGCACCACCACUGGGUCUUUCAUAGCCGGCGGGAUAGCAGCAUGCGGCGCCGUCACAGUCACACACUCCUUCGAGACCGUGAAGAUUCGUUUGCAAUUGCAAGGCGAGCUGCAGGCCAAACGCGACGCCCCGCGAAUGUACCGUGGUGUGCUACAUGGCGUGGGCGUGAUCUUUCAAAAUGAGGGGCUGAAGGGGCUGCUACGAGGGCUUAAUUGCGCCUACAUCUACCAGAUCAUGCUCAACGGCUGCCGUCUCGGCUUCUACGACCCCAUCCGCACACACUUGAACUCCGCCCUGUUGAACCGCUCGGUCUCCCCAACCGCCGUCCAUGACCCUGCGACCAAAGCAUACCAAUCGCUCCCGAUCAAUAUCGUUUCCGGUGCUUCUUCAGGCGUACUAGGCGCUUUCGCCGGCUCGCCGUUCUUUCUCGUCAAGACACGACUACAAUCCUUCUCCCCCUUCCUACCCGUGGGGACACAACAUAAAUACCGCAACGCUUGGGAUGGGCUAGGACAGAUCUACAAGGCUGAGGGCGUGAAGGGGUUAUAUCGCGGCGUAGGGCCUGCAAUGGUGCGGACGGCGUUCGGGUCCUCAGUGCAGUUACCAACAUACUUUUUGGCGAAGAGGAGGUUAGUGAGCUGGUUCGGGAUGGAAGAUGGCGCGCCUCUACACCUAAUGUCCUCGGCCUGCUCAGGAUUCGUGGUCUGCGUGUUCAUGCACCCACCCGACACAGUGAUGGCGCGGAUGUACAACCAGACCGGCAACUUAUACUCCGGCGCCUUCGACUGCUUAUACCGGACCGUGAAGACGGAGGGGAUCUUGGCGGUGUACAAGGGCUUCUUUGCGCAUUUGGCGCGGAUAUUGCCGCAUACGAUUUUGACGCUCAGUUUGGCGGAGCAGACGAAUAAGCUGAUGCGGCGGGUUGAAGACAGGGUGUUGCCGGAUAGGGUGACGGAGAAGAUGUAG